GGAAUCAAAAAAGAGCAGUAGAUACAAACUGGGGUGUGAUUCCUUUCCCCAUUUCAGGAAAAGGGCACAAUGUUUGCCUCUGGCUCUGGUCUGACAUCAGAGCAGGGCAGGCAAGCAACAGGGACAAUGGGAAGCCUCCAGAACCUGAAGAAAUUUAAUAACCAGGACUUCAAUCACCUGCGAGCCUCAUGUUUGAGCCAAGGACUGCUUUUUGAGGAUGCCACCUUCCCUGCUCAUGUCAGCUCCAUCGGUCCUGACCUGGUCUCAGAGGAUAAGCUGCACCAAAUACAAUGGAAGAGGCCAACGGAACUGCAGAAAAAUCCUCAUUUGAUCAUAGAUGGCAUUAGCAGAUUUGAUCUCAUGCAAGGAGAAAUAGGUGACUGCUGGAUGCUGGCUGCCCUGGGCUCUCUGACACUGCAGAAACAAUUUUUGGGAAAUGUUUUACCAAGGGAUCAAGGAUUCCAGAAUGAUUAUGCUGGGAUUUUUCAUUUCCGGUUCUGGCAAUAUGGAGUCUGGGUGGAUGUAGUAAUAGAUGACCGGCUGCCGUUCCUAAAUGGAAAAUACCUGUCUGUACACCCUCGAACAUCAAAUGAAUUCUGGCCAUCCUUGUUGGAAAAAGCAUAUGCCAAGUUGCAGGGUUCCUACCAGAACUUGAAUGGAGGCUAUCCUUCUGAUGCUUUAGUAGACUUCACAGGUGGGGUCCAAGUACAGUUUUCCUUGAAGGAUCCUCCUCCAGAUCUGGGUGAGAUACUGAAGGCAGCUGACAAAUCUCAUUGUCUGAUGGGGUGUAGCACCUCAGGCCAGCUGACGAACACAGUGCUGAAGAAUGGGAUUGUACAGGGUCAUGCCUACACUGUCACUGGAGCUGAGAAGAUACGCUACAAGAAUAGCUGGAUACAUAUCAUCAGGAUCUGGAAUCCAUGGGGCCAUUGGGAGUGGAAGGGGGCUUGGAGUGAUAACUCUCCUCAGUGGGACCAUGUUGAGCCUAAAUACAGAGAAACCCUCCUCAGAAAAAAGGAGGAUGGAGAAUUCUGGAUAUCCUGUGAAAACUUCCAGGAGCAGUUUUCCUUGCUCUAUAUAUGUAACAGCACUCCAACAUUUCUGGACUUUGGAGAUCAACACUGCACAACGUGGUCCAUGGAGAAGCACAUCAGCCUGUGGAGACCAGUCCUGGCCACUGGCAGGAAAAACUAUUCCCCAGGUGCAGAUUCAAUGAACCCUCAGUAUUUUUUCAAAGUGAUGGAUUAUGAACCAAAAACAUACAAUGUAGUAAUUUCACUCAUGCAAAAACAUGCUGAGGAUACGCAGAAUGCAAAAAACCUGACGAUUGGCUUUUUGAUCACCAAGGAGAACUCCAAAGUUCUGAAACAAACUUUUGCCUUGACUCGAGACGUGACCGCCUACUUUAUCCUGAGCCCAGGAACAUAUGCUGUUUUUCCUGCUGCAACAGAGGACCAAGAAUUUGAAUUCCUCUUAAGAAUUUUCAUGAAGAAUCAAGACUUCAAUGAGAACUCAAACUCCCCACCCAGCCUGGUGCCGCCAAUGGAUCUACCAAGACAGAACCAGGACAGCUCCUAUAAGGCUAUCUUCCUCAGAUAUGCUAAGCAGGGCUCAGAUAUCGAUGCCUCGCAGCUGCAAGAACUCCUUAAUGAAGUGAUCCUGCAAGAUGAAACGACCAGCCUGGGAGGAAGAUUCAGCUUUGAUUCAUGCAGAGGCAUUUUAGCUCUGAUGGAUCUCAACUCGAAUGGCCGACUCACGCUGCAGGAGUUCGGGAGCCUCUGGCGAAGUGUCACUAAGUACAUGGAUCUCUUCAGCAAGGAAGACAGAAAUCAUUCUGGAUUUCUUGAUGUGUCUGAACUGAAGAGUGCAAUACAGGCAGCAGGUCUGGCCGCUAACGAUCAGCUCCUGCGCCUGAUGACCGUGCGGUAUGGCGAUGCUGCCAGGAAAAUCGGCUUCUCUGACUUUGUGUGCUGCAUGCUGCGCCUUGAAACCAUGACCCAUGCAUUUCAAAACUUAGCAGAGGGGGGAUCACAAAUUUUGAUGACAGCAAUGGAGUGGCUGACUCUUGUCAUGUACACCUAAAGAGAUGUCAGAGCUCAACGUGGCUGGUGGCUUUUCUGCUCCUCAGUAAGACACAGCCCAAGGCCAUCCCAUACAAGAGUCAUCCGUAGGGUUCUUGAAAAGCCACUGUGAAGGAGUGAAGCCAGGCUUCCUAUGGACACUUGCUUAUGCUUGAUGGUACUCAGAUGUCAGGAUGAAGAGCCCUUUGCAGGCAAAGGGAAGCUGCUUUGGACAGAGAAGAGGAGAUAAUGAGAGCGCUCCAUGGGCAAGCUGGUAGUACUUAAUGGUCUGGGCAAGCUCCAAGUGCUGGCUAUAAUCUCCUUUCAUCUUCCUGUAAAUGGUAUGGCUGGUUCUCCUGGUUAAUGCACAUUAGUCAGGAACAGCUCCAUUAACUCCAUUGCAAAUAAGAAUAGAAACAGGCCUUUCGUGUAGAAGUAGUGUAGCACAUAGGUAACAAAAACAAUUAAGUCACAGUUGUAUUUGAGUUAUUUCCUAUUUGAAUUUGAAUUAUUUCAGUGCUAUUUCUAAAUGCCAGAAAAAGGUUG